UUGCUUAAAAUGAAUCAAUAUAGUCUCAGCACUUCCUUUUCCGGUUAUAUACUUUCUAAGUGAAGCCACACAAUGGCUGAAACAAAGGCACCAGAAGCAAAUCCCCCAAAGAAGUCGGGCAGAUUGUACUGCAAAGCUGUAUUCACAGGAUACAAAAGGGGGUUGCGUAAUCAGUAUGAACAUACAGCUCUUCUAAGAAUUGAUGGUGUAAACAAGAAAGCUGAAACUGAAUUCUACCUUGGCAAAAGAUGUGCAUACGUUUUCAAGGCAAAAAAUAAGACAGCAUGUCCAGGUCACAAGGAAGCUAGCAGACUACGUGUAAUCUGGGGUAAGAUCACCAGAUCACAUGGUAGCAGUGGUGCUGUUAGAGCAAAGUUCAAGAAAAAUCUACCAGGUUCAGCUAUGGGCAAAAGAAUUCGAGUUAUGCUGUACCCAUCAAGGAUCUAGAUUGUAAAUGCUGUGUAAAAAGAAAAAAAUACAAAAAUACCGAAAAAAAAAACAA